CAUAUAGACCCCUUCGUCGUCCUGUAAUUCUUCGUACCACCUAGUACCACUAGGGAUACUUUCGUAAUUGCCCAGUGAGUGGCAACGAUUGUAGUUCUUCACCAGUAGGAGGGGUGUUUUCGUAAACUCACUCCAAGCACUCCAUUUUAUUCUUCAGAAUAAUGCUCCGAUUUUUGUUCAGAUAUUUCGUAUAAUCAUUCAUUCUCUAACACAUACUCUUUUCUAGAGAGAGAAACAAAUUCUGAGCUCAAAUUCUUCAAAAGUCGGUGAUAAAUUCAUAAUCUAGAUUCGAUUUCUUCAUCUUUCUUCAUAUAUAUAUCCGCAUUCACCUGCAAUCUGCAGCUAUAUUCGUAAAUUUUCAACAAAAAAUGCAGGAUAUACAUUCAGUUGGUAGUGGUGGUGGAUCAGGACGGUUGUUCGGCGGCAGUGGCGGUGGCGAUAGACGGUUACGACCACACCACCACCACCACGGCCAUGGCCCACAAGCUCUUAAAUGUCCGCGUUGUGAGUCGUUGAACACAAAAUUCUGUUACUACAACAACUACAACCUCUCUCAGCCACGUCACUUCUGCAAAAGCUGCCGCCGGUACUGGACCAAAGGCGGUGUCCUCCGUAACGUCCCCGUCGGUGGCGGCUGCCGGAAAACUAAGCGAUCGAAACCGAAGCCGAACAGUAACCGAAACCCUAGCUCCGAUGCCGGUGAUCGAAAAUCAUCAAAUUCGCAAAAUUCGUCUAGUGAAAGCUCUAGCCUCACCGCCACUGCCACCGCCUCCGCCACCGUAACUGUCACCGCGGCGGAGGUGUUGUCGAAUAUUAAUCCGGCGAACUCCGCAUCGACGUUCACCGGAUUUUUCAACACUCCAAACCCUAACCCUAGCUUCGAACCACCACCGGUCGAUAACAACAACAUAUUUCCGGAAAUCGGAACGUUCACCGGCUUGAUUACGUCAUCCACACCUCACUUACCGGUCGGAUUCAACAUCUCCACCGACAUUUCGCCGUUCCGACUGCAUCACACCGGUCAUAUGGUAGAAAACUCACCGGCAAACCAGCAACAAUGGAUGCACACAGAUCAUACGCUCGGAGACGAGUUAAAAGUUCCAGAAACCGGUCCGCUAGGGUUCACAAAUGAGUUUUCCGAUUUACCGGAGAAGACAACCGGAGUUGGAAUCGGAACUGAGGAUUGGAAUAACGGUACCGAUCAAGCAUUGUUUGAUUUAACAGGAGCCGUUGAUCAGUCAUACUGGAGUCAAACUCAGUGGGAUGAUCAUGAUGGUGGUCAUGAUCAUGUGCAUGAUCAGCUUAAUUAUCUUCCUUAACAUAUAUGUAAGGAACGACGUGCCAACCAUCGUGACACCGGACGCUGUGGCCAAGGUCGACUACUCGACCGCCGCCAGCCCCUUGGCUCUCCCAGAUGCGCGGAAACCCGACCUCCACCCGAAGGCACGACAGUGGAAUAAUGGUAAAACCCCGCCUUCCAUUCAAGACGAACCGGCGCCACCCAUAUUCGCCCUUCACUUGGAUGCUGCAGAAAAUAAUGGGGGAGAGUGGGAGUCGAAACUGGGUCACAAGGAACACCAAGUCUCCACUCAUUGGCUUUGAAUAAGUUUCUUAAACUACAUGCAAAGUUUUGUGAUUAUGUUUUUCAUUAUGUAUUAAUUCCAUAUGCAUUGUCUUUA